CUCUACAUACAAACAACAGUAGUUUAUUAAAGCAUCAAGAAGUACGGAACAUGAAUAGAUGUAAUGAAUAGAAGGUCGUGGACUCUCCUUCUUCAGAGGUAUUUAAACAGAAGUUGGAUAGCCACCUAUGUCCUUUAGCUGUGCAUUCCUGCAUGGUAGAGAGUUGGACUAUGAUGCUAAGGUCCUAAGAUCCUUUAGGUAAAGGUGUAAGAUUUCCAUGGUCCUUGCCACGAUGGUGAAACAUACAGAAGAGCCUCCAAAGAAGAUUAUAAACUACGGUUUGUAGCAGCUGGAGCUUUGUCUUUGUAUUUCUGUGUUUGAGAAACAGUCCUUCUCAUUGCACUGGAAUUGUUGGUGGCCCAAUGCAUUGUUUCAUUCCUCUAUGGAUUUUUCCAAGUUCUGCAGGGUGUGCUGUGCUUCCAGUGACUUUCCAGAUUCCUGUCAGUGUGAGGUGGCUGGGAGGGUCUGUUUGGAGCAGCAACAGGGCGAUAAAAAUGGCAAUGCUCCCCUCCUCCUUGCUGGAAAAUAAUCAACUCUCAAGUAUCAGUGGAGCAAAGCAUUGCAGUAUGGAAAAAAAGAAAGUACCUUGGAUUUUGUUUCCUUGAUGGAAAGGCAUGGAACUGUUUGUCUUAAGUUUUGCAGCACAUUAGUAACAAGGCAAGGAAAACAUUUGUAGGCUUAGUAUUUGUACAGGUUGGUGGUAGCAGAAGAGAAGCUGGAUGGAGAUGCUGGAAGGCUGGAAAACCAGCCAAGUGCUACAUUAUGUGUUAGAUGCAUAUAACUGGAACCAUUGUGUGGGGCUCAGGUUGCAUUGGGAUAAGGGAAUGGGUGGAUUUAAUCCUUUCCCUUCGAUAAUUUAAUCAUUUGAAACUAACUGCAGUUGCAGAUGUGGGAAGAAAUGCACCUUUGUAUCAUAUCUGUCUUUUUCUCUCCUUGAUGACUAAUAGUGGCAUUUUGAGGGAGGAAAUAAAUUGCAGAGGGAUGGAGAGUUAAACAGUGCUGCUUGGUCUAAUAUCAGAUGGUCCUAUUAUUUGUAUUAUCAUUUUUAAUAUUUUUUAAAACUGUUUAUGUAUCACCUCGAAACCCAGAAAGGCUCCUCUGGUGAUCCACAACAAAGAAAGCAUAUAAAACUGCCCAUUCUCUAAGAUCUGCAGAGAAAGGUUUUCUCUUGGUCCCACCACCAUCACUAGCUCUGUCGGUGAGGAUGCAGGACACAGGGCCUUCUCAGUGGCUGCUCCCAAGUUACAGAGCUCUAUUCCUCAGGAGAUCAAGUUGGUUCCCCUCCCUGUCUUUCCACCAGCAGCCUUUUCUAGGUGCCAAAGACCCGGUUGGCCAUUGUGUGGGGCGAGAUAAGCUGAUGCAGGAGCCCAGGUUGUGGGCUGAGAUGGACUGGCUGUGACAGCCUGCCGCAGGUGGAGGUGGAGGGAGUUAUGAUGAAGAGUUCCUGCCGAGCUGGACUCCACCGGGAACUGCUGAAUUCCACAGCCUCCACGUUCCACCCAGUCAAACGAAUAUCUGGCAUGCACUUAAAGCCAUAUCUCAAGUUACAGAAGAAAGAGCGAUCUCUUGACAUAAGCCUGGACCUCCCACGAACCCCACUCAUGAGCCAACAAAGGGGGUCCAAUGAGGAAGAACCUGACAGAGCCUCAUCAAGCCUUUUUCCCAGCCCCUCUCUCCGAAAGCCACUGGGCAGCCUCUCCCCUAACACCCUCUGCAACAGAAACAACAGCCAAAGCCAUGCGGAAGGACCCAGCAUUAAGGAGAGAAGAGCUGCCCAGCCUGCCACUAUUCAUCAAGGUGAUGAUGGUGAAGCACCUCUGGAUAUCUGGGCGGUCGUGAAACCAGGCAACACUAAGGAGAAGGUGGCCUUCUUUGCAGCCCAGCAGUGCAACGACAACAGGGUAUCCUCCAUGAAGAACAAAAGCAGCUGGGACAUUGAUGGGAGGGCAACAAAGCGAAGGAAAAAGUCACUUGAUAUCAAAAAAGCCAAGAUCCAUCUGGAAAGGAUGAGGGAAACCAGUGGGAGGUGUUACCAGCCUGAGCCAUUUGCCUGCAGCGUGGAGCACUGCUCUGUACAUAAUGUGAAUGAAGUUGGAGAGGGGGGUUUCCCUGGCCGUCCUCUGUCAGUCGUUGAGAUGGUCGCUUUCCUGGAACAAAGAACCAGCGUUUUGCUGGCCAGCUGCACCAAAAACUGCCCCAGUGCCUCUGCCAUGAUCAGGUUUCCUGGGCAACCCAAAGCUGUUGCCCCUUCUGCUCCUGGAUCCUUUCCUGCCUUGGGGGCUGAUGAGGCUCCAUCUGAAGAGGUGCCCUGCCGGGGUGGUGGUAGCAGUGGUGAUGGAGGGCCACAAGCUGAGCCAGUGCGUGUGUUGGAGAUGGUAGCGAAGCUUGAAUCGCAGUGCCUGAGGCGCCAGAGUGAGCGAGAAGCAGGGAGCCUGUCACGAAACAACAGCUUCCGGCGGAACGUGGGCCGCAUGCUGUUGGUCAGUGGAACAGCCCCCGAGAGCAGUGCUGACAACGCAUCCGUUGGGAUUCUUCACCAGGAAGAGCAUGGAGGCAAGGAGGGAGAUGAACCAUGGAAAUUGAAGCACAGCUCUCCAACAGAAGACAGCGUAUGGGAAGGUCCAUCUGCUGGGCAGCCAUCUCUGUCUGCCAGUGCUCCCAGAGUGGCAAAUGACCUUCAGCUUGACCAAGGCGAUCCAGACACAUCUGGAAGCUGGUGUGAUCCUCAAAAUAUCACCGGGCCCCCUCUCCCUUCAACAUACCCAGCAGUUGCUCAGGCAUGCCCACAUUCCUUGUGUAGCAACAACGCAGCUUUUCAUUAUACACCUCAAGAGCCAAUUACUCUUUCAGAUUCAAAUCCAAACAUUCACAUGAGAGAGUCUAUCACUAUUCGCAUAUCAGCAGCCAGGACGGACAAAGGUUGUAGCAAAAGCCAACGUUCCAGCUCCAGCUUUGGUGAAGAUACUCUCCCAGGGAGGCUGUUUUUGCUUUUUUCUGAGUGUGAAAUUACCCAAGAGCACCUACAAUUAGAGGAGGUGGUUCCUACAGAAGAAUGUCAAACGGAUGAGCAAGAGAGGGAACCUCAUACUGUCAACUGUAUUUCUGGGGAAUUUCCCGAACUUUCUUCAGAGGAGAGUGCUUUGCAGACUCUUGGCUCUUCUGCUCUAAAGAGGCAGAGGUCUCAUGACUUUCUGGAGACCAGGUUCAAGAUCCAACAGCUCUUGGAGCCCCAGCAGUACCUGGCCUUCUUGCCUCACCAUAUCAUUGUCAAGAUCUUCGGCUUGCUUCCCACCCGGAGUCUAGUGGCCCUCAAAUGCACUUGUGGCUAUUUCAAAUUUAUCAUUGAGUACUACAACAUCAGGCCGGCGGAUUCCCGCUGGGUUCGUGACCCACGUUACAGGGAAGACCCUUGCAAACAGUGCAAAAAGAAAUACUCCCGGGGGGAUGUCUCCCUCUGCCGGUGGCACCCAAAGCCCUAUUGUCAAGCACUACCAUAUGGCCCUGGGUACUGGAUGUGCUGCCACCGGUCCCAGAAGAGCGUCCCCGGCUGCAAGUUGGGCCUUCACGACAAUCACUGGGUCCCUGCCUGCCACAGCUUUAACCGUGCUCUUCACAAGAAAUCCAGGGAAGGGGAGGAGGACUGUUAGCACUUCCCAGAAAGGACGGUCCUUUCAAGAGCCACAAGCUUUGGCGGGAGGAGAAUUCCACGCCUUGUGUGAUGUUUACACUGUAUAUAGUUUGUGGGUGAUUGUUUUCUUUUCCCCCUUCCACAGGGCUAUGAAACUGCACAUAUUUUUGAAUCACAAAAGCCUUUGACCUUUUAGAGGAAAGAUCACAUUCAGGCCAUCUGUGUACAUAGAUAAAGCUCUAGAAUCUCUUUGUCCCUGAGAGAGUGUCUGAUAAACUGAUUGACCAACGUUUAUUUGCUACAACGCAGCUAUUGAGAGUGUUGCGGCUACAGUCCCGUGUUUUAAAAGUGUCUCGUUCUCAAAUCUGUAUAUCCUGUAUAAAGUAUACAUACAUAUAUAUAUAUAUAUUAAAAUAUAUAUAUUAAAAAUGUUUCUGAAAGGAAACUCUAAAUAGGUAAAAGAACAAUCUUCAAAAAGAUGGUUUAACUGGACAACCUGAAACUAGACUAGAACAAAUAUUUGUUAUAUCUUAGGGUGGAAGUGAGCAAAAAAGAGGAAUAUUAUCACAUAGCAAGAGAGCUCUGGUCUACUGUGCCCACCUUACCUGGUUUUUGUUUUGUUUUUUUUACUUAAAUAAAAAUGUGCAUUCUAAA